CCGCUCUUCGUCAGCCAAGUUGAAAUAACUCCACCACAACGCAAACCUCCCGCCACCCAUUUCCACCCACCACCAAACAACAAUGUCUCCACCAAACAAAGUCGAAAAGUCCGGCUCCAUGGACUUCGGCCACCGCAAAGGCUCCGGCACCAUGUUCGCCGGCCUGCAACAAUACAAACGCGAAGACGGGGAUGCUUCACAGAAGCGAAGGGAGAGUUUGCAAGAUAUCCAACCCAAGGGGGGUUUCAUCUCAAACUUUUGGAAUAGCACGUUCAAGCAUGGGCCUUCGAAAUGAGGAGUUGAGGACGGUACGAGGAUGAAUAUGGGGAUAUAAUCUGGUCAUGAUGGGUGUAUGAUUAGCGGGCAUGGAGUUGAGCGACAUGGGGCAACAUUGAGGAUAUGAUGUAUGGAGACUGGAUUCUUUCAUGUUGGAA